GACUGAUAAAAACACCUAGUUAUAGACGUGUUCCAGAUAAAAUAAAGGCUUUGUUCGUUCGAGGUCAAACCUUGGGGUGCAAGUUGUUCCCAAGGAAUUCUUACCAGCUGCUAGAUUAAUAAUGGUGUUAGGUGUCUUUAAACAGUAUGCUAUGUCAGCAACUUAGUUGAUUAGUGUAGUCAAUUUUUAGAAUAUUUGAAAAAUUGUAUGUACUAUAUCUUUGACGGGAUCAUUUUAUAUAGAGUCAUAGUGACAUUAUGUGUAUAUUGUUUGAAUUCAAUUUGUGACUGCAAAGCUUACACAUUUUUCAGUUUGAAUGCCUAGUGAUAUUGUCAACUGAAAAUGUAUGUUUUCUUACCUAUGAGUAUAGUAAAUUGCAAAAUGAACAACUUCUUUUAAAUGAUUGACGGUAAAGUCUUGCCUAUACCGGGUACUAUACCUUGAUAACAAAUUGGUGAUAAAUAAUUAAAUUGUCUUUUCUCAAAAAGAAUUGUCUUUUCUCGAUAUACUGGGCCUCUACAAUUCCCCCUCAAACUUUAAGUUAAUUAGCUUGUUUGUGCAAGAAAUGUGACCUAUCAUAGCUUAUGUAAUAUUGCAUUUGGUUGGUGAUUCGAAUAUAUAUCGAGCUGUAUUGCAUCACAAUACAACACAAAACUUGCAUACAAGGCCCUAAUGGGAUAUAUGAGAUGCUUGAUAGGUUCUUUGAGAGGCUACAGAUACUUGGGAUUGAGAACAGGUAAACAUCUCUAUACCUGUCUUUUAUACCAUGUACUUUUGUUUCCCCCGAGAGGCCUGGUAUGAAGGGGUUUGACUUUAUUACAUGUUACAUAUACAAUUAUUAGUCAGCCCAUAGCUGAAUUAUCUAACAUAAUUUUGUCACAAGGUCUUAUGAUCAUCAAAAUGAAGCCGAUGAAGUAACUUUAUGAUCACAGUUGAAGAAUCUGAGGACAGACCUCUCAUGGAUCAUGUUCAAUCACAAACAAUUUCAGAUGACUCUUCAUCUAAAUACAAAGUCACUGGGCUACGCACUUCUAUUCCAAAGCUUUUACUUACUAUCAUUUUGACAAUCUGUAGUGGUGGAUUCUUACUUCUUGUCAUGCAUUGGUACCCUAAAGUCAAUGUUAUCCUCACGAAAAAGAAAUCAAAGUUUGGAACUGCAACCUACAUUCAUAUCAUUUCUUGUGAUACUGAAAUUCACGGGGUCGCCAAUGUAAAAGAUUCUGAUGGGAUUAGAUAUUUUAAAUACCAGCACUCAAAAUACAUCUUUGAAUGUGGCGAAAUUUCUUUGGUAAACGGGCUAGAGAAUUUACAUUAUUCAGACAUCCAUGCUAUGAGCGGUGGUGUUUCAGAUUCUGUGCUGGACUACAAAUUAAUGAGAUAUGGACCUAAUGUCAUUGAUGUACCUGUUCCUUCAUACAUUGUUCUUUUCUUCAAAGAGGCACUGCAGCCAUUUUAUAUUUUUCAAGCCUUUGCUGUCGUCCUUUGGAUGUGGGAUGAUUAUGAACAAUAUGCUACUGCUAUACUGAUAAUAACUUUGGGAUCAAUUGCUAUCACAAUUUAUGAGCAGCGAAAACAAAAAAAUAAGAUAAACAAAAUGGCAGCCUCAUCAGUUGAAGUGGAAGUUCUCAGAAAUGGUGAAAAUGCUGUAUUACAAUCUUCUGAUUUAGUGCCAGGUGAUGUUAUUCUCAUUCCAAGAGAUGGUUUCCUUCUCAGCUGUGAUGCAGUUCUUGUUUCUGGAUCUGCAAUUGUCAACGAGUGUGCUUUGACUGGAGAAAGCAUUCCUGUUUCUAAGGCUCCUGUUCCAUACAUAUCUAAGUUCAUCUAUGAAUCUGGUGAUGUAGAGAAGGUCACUGUCUCUGAAGACCUGAUUUAUAAUCCUGAAAGGGACAAAAAGUAUUCAUUGCUUGCUGGUACUACUGUUCUUCAAAGUAAACCUACAUCUGGAACCAACGCAGUUGCCAUCGUGAUGAGAACAGGUUUUAGCACUUUCAAAGGUUCUCUUAUACGCUCCAUAUUGUGUCCCAAGCCAACUCAAUUCGAGUUUCAAGCCGAUGCCCAACGUUUCAUAAUGAUGCUAUCCUUCUUUGCAGUUCUAGGGUUCACAUACACUGUUUACAUCUCCCUCAAGUUAGGAGCAACAAUUUCCAAAACAGUGAGGUUAGGUUUGGACUUAGUGACUGUAGUGGUUCCUCCAGCCUUGCCAGCAGCUCUGACUAUUGGUGUAGUUUAUGCGGUACAAAGACUCAAGAAGUCUAAGAUAUUCUGCAUUGACCCCCAGCGUGUCAACUUUUGUGGGAAAAUCCAAUACAUUUGCUUUGACAAAACUGGUACACUUACUGAAGAUGGUUUGAGUGUCUUGUGUGCUAUUCCUUCUUCUUCUAUUUUCCUAGGUGCCACCAGUGAAGGUCAUUUGAUAAAGCAAGAGAUGUUUCUUCAUGCCUUGGCAACCUGCCAUGAAAUAAGCAUUAUAAAUGGUGAAUAUAUUGGUGAUCCCUUAGACAUAGAGAUGUUCGAAUUUACUGGCUGGACUUUUGAAGAGUGUGACGAACUAAAUCCACUUGCAUCAUUUGUCAGUGCGAUUGUUAGUUCUCCAGAGCGAGAUGGAGAAGAUGAUGCUGACCCUAAAGAAAUUGGAAUCAUUCGCUCAUUUCCAUUUACAUCCGAGCUACAAAGAAUGUGUGUGGUUACUAAGAACCUUCAAACUGACGAAAUGAUAUUGUUUUGCAAAGGGUCACCAGAGAUGAUCCACUCACUUUCACUGGAGAGUACAAUUCCUGGCAACUUCCAUUCCGAAUUAGAUUCGUAUACCAAUGAAGGUUACAGAGUCAUAGCAUUUGGUUGGAAAGUUUUGGACUCUGAAACAAGUUGGCAUAGCAUCCAAACCAUGAGACGAUCUGAACUUGAAUGUGAUCUGAACUUCACAGGACUUCUGAUUAUGGAAAAUCAUCUCAAAGGGGACACCACAGGUUGUAUCUCCGAGCUGAUGUACUCAAACACUAAAGUUUGCAUGGUGACUGGAGACAACAUCUUUACUGCCAUAUCUGUCAGCAAGAAGUGUGGGAUUGUGCCAAUAAAUGGUGGGCUGCAUGACGUCAUUGUUGUUAAGAAGGAGGGACAAUCUGUUGCUUUCCAGCUCGACUCUCAGGAACAAACCUCAGUUAUCUUACCCACAAAGUAUUCUCAGAUGGAAAUUGUCAACACUAUAAUUGGUCUCACCAGCAGACCGUUUGUGUUUGCGAUUGCAGAAACAGCUUUUAAUCAUGUCGCUGAGUUUCACCCACUAUUGUAUGAGUUACUUCUUCUCAAAGGAAAAGUGUUCGCUCGUAUGAAGCCAGGAAAGAAACAGAAGUUAGUGGAAGAUCUGCAAAAGAUUGGCUACACAGUAUCAAUGUGUGGUGAUGGAGCUAACGAUUGUGGUGCUCUGAAAUCCGCCCAUGCUGGAGUUUCCCUCUCUGAAGCUGAAGCCUCGAUUGCUGCUCCCUUCACCUCAGCUAACCCUUCCAUCUCCUGCAUGAUAGAAAUACUGAGACAAGGAAGAGCCGCUCUUGUGACCGCGUCUGUGACGUUCCGCUUCAUGGCUAUGUACAGCAUGAUUCAGUUUAUUACCCAGCUGCUUCAUUACAGUAUUGGAACUAACAUGACGGAUUCCCAGUUUCUCUACAUUGACAUGUUCGUUAUUUCGGGGAUUGCUGUGACUUUGGGACAUUCUCAGCCCGCUCCGAACCUAGCUCCUUCCACACCAAAAGCUCAACUGAUCGAUUUCAAAGUGUUCGUCCUGCUGACUCUUCACGUGAUAAUAACAUUUGGAUUUCAGUAUACUGUAUUUGUGUAUAUACAAUCACAACCGUUCUUUGUUCCAUAUGUUCCUGCUCACGAUCUUAAAGAGGGAGCAUGUUUUGAGAACACAGCUCUUUUUGUUUGCUCUGCAUUUCAGUACGCUUUAUACGGAGUUAUUCUAUCAGUUGGGGCACCACAUAGAAAGCCGGCCUAUCGUAACUGGACUCUGAUGCUCGUGUUCUUCCUCUGUACCGUAAUGACAGUACUGUUUGUAUUUCAACCUCUUCCAUUCCUCACUAAAAUGAUGAACUUGGUCUCACUACAGCAACUGGACGUCCAGAUAACGUUCAUUUUGCUGAUGGCCCUGAACUUCGUGCUGGUGUACCUAGUCGAGGAGUUGUUCGACACAAACCGUGUGACCGGCUGUUUAAACGGUGUUAAAAUAUUCCUCAACAAAGCUAAACCUCAGUUUGUCACUCUGCGUGAAGUAUGGGAGGACCUCUUCUCUAACGACUUCAACUCAAAGAACUUCUACAAAUGACAACUAGUUGACAGGAAGCUGAAUUUCUACGAAAAUAUCUUCGUAGUAAUGAGGGCUUUUAAGCCUGUACAAAACGUUAUUAAGUAUGGUAAACAUGAUUGGCUAUGCGUAAUUACUUCGGUUAAGGAUCAUAUUCGAUAGACAGGCUACAGAGUUGAUUUUUACAUUCGAUAUUUGAAAUAUCGAAUUAAACUUGAAUUAUUUAUCUUUUAAAAUGCGAAAUAAAUGGGGUUAAAUUUUGAUUUUUUUACAAUAAUGAUUAAGUUAAUAAGAUAAUUUGUAAAAACUUUUAAUAUUUGGAAUAGGUAAUCUAAAUGAUGCCUAUGAUUAUUUAAUUUGAACAGAUUGCCGAUUAAAUUUGUGUAAUAAGAUGA